GGUGAAAAACCCUUAUUUCUCUGUUACGUGGCAACAUGUGACAAAAAUCUCAUUGGUUACACUUUUGGUUCGUACACUUAUUCUCCAUGGACUGGAAGAUCUAUAUUUAUGGAUGAUCUUUACGUGGCAUCGGAUUUUCGACAGAAACAUGUUGGUAGCAAAAUUAUACAAAUAGUUGCAAAAGAUGCAUUGGAAAACAAUUGUAACAAAAUAGAUUUCAUGGUUCUUAACUGGAACUCAGCACAAAAUUUUUACCAAAAACUAGGGGCGAAUGAUUUGACGAUUACAGAAUAAUGGCAUCAUUAUCGUUUUGAUAAUGAAGAGAUGAAAAAGUUAGCGUCUCAAAACUAACAUCUGAUCUAGAUAAGAUAAAAUAUAGCAACUGAAUAAUAGCAGAGUGUUUUAAUGGUGGAUGUAAUAAUUAUUAAUAGCAACUGGUUUAAUAUUAAUAGAACAGAAUAACUGCUACACAGGUAAAGUC